CUGGUUAUCAUCUGUAGCUGGCGAUUCUGCUGCUCUCCUACCGAAUCUCGUCGAAGAUGAAGCACGCAUAUCUGUUGAUUUUGCUGGUGGCUCUUGUCGUGAGCCGUGGGGCGGAAGGAGGCUGGAUAAGAUGGAAACGGGUCUGGAAUGGGGUGAAGAGAGCAGCCACGAUUUACAGCACUAUCAAGACAGUAGUCUCAGUAGCUGCAGUCCUCGGUCGAAAACGAGAGUUUGACAAGAACCUGGACGGCCUUGUGGACGAGUCUGAACUAGAAGACGUGUUCACCACGAGAGAGGCUCGGACAGUCCUGGAUAUGGCUGAUCUGGAUGGAAACGCCAGGUCACUAUGGAUGAAUUUCGACAGGUGAUGACAGAAUUGAGCGACAUGCAUAAUCGAGAAUAGGUAAGAGCAGAUCUUUCUUUGAUGAGGAACCAUCUACAAAUAAAACUGUUUUAAAA